UUGAAAAUGCACACAAACGCCUCAUCAUCUGUGAAAAUGUUUUUGAUUUUGAAUGUUGAGACUCAGACUCAGUCUGUGCAAGUGCUGCCUUUUAAAAAUAUGGAGGACUAAAGGUGAUUUAUUCAUGAAUAAUAUAUAAAAAUAAUUCACAGAUAUAUAUUUCAGAUUGAGCGCCAUGUCAGUGGUUGUCAGACUUGUUGGUUAGAUUUAACUUGUAUUAUUUGUACAUGUACACACAGCCCUGAUGAUACUGUAAAAAUUCAACUUUUUAAACCAGCACUGCUGUUAAAACUCAUUUUGUAAAGAGGAUGCUAUUUUUGAUAAAAGACUUUCAUUGUAGGAGCCUCAGUUGUUUAUGUAUAUUUAAAUCAUAAAAAUGAGCAUGAUGUUACUCGGGUCAUGUUCUCUGCUGUGAUUUGGGGUUUUUUUCCUUACAGUAAUGUGACAAAAAGAUGAAAGGACAGACUUUUUCUUUUGUUGUUGCAGGGAUUAAGGCGGUCGGAUUAUUUGCCAAAUCCCUCCCUCUCUCCUAUCCUAACCAUCUGCUUCCAUCAUGUUUCCUCCCUGGGUCACUGCACUUCAUCUAGGCCAGGGCCAGCGGCGGGACAGGCCUACUGGUGGAAGGGGGUGGGGCGCUGUUUGUGAGCCCUCGUCCCCAGUCACUGAAUAAUUCACAGGUGCUGCUGCAGAAAGUAGGGGAUGAUCUUAUGCUGCGUUCCAUUUAUCUUGGAAGUCAGGAGUCUGAGGUUGGAGCAGGGAAUGACAUCACCCGAAUUUUCUGCAAUCCACUACAAGUCUGACAACCAAGAUGUUUUAGCAACACCAGGUCUUCCCUCCACCCCUCUCCUUCCUGUGGAACAUAGGAUCGCCCUGUCAUCACCCCCUCCUUCCUGGACAGACCAGCAGAAGGAUUACCGGAUCGCCUUUCAUCCUUAAUUCCUCGUCUCUCUCUGCCCAUCUCCCACCUCCCCUGUAUCAUAAUGGAUACCUGGAUGAUUUACGAAGUACUCUAGUGCCCUAGAGCAAGGCAUUGCUCUGCUGUUGACACUCAAGUGUUAUUCAGGGUGGACAGGCGUCCUAGGGUGUUGAGAGAGAUAAAUCAACAUCAGUGUUCACAGUGGAAACGUGAUAUGCAUGACUGAUCUAAGAGAGUUUAACUAUGUUUCAAACUGCCUCGUGACACCUCAAUUGACCACUAGUGGAUUCUGGGAGUUCUGAAGUGCCUUGCCCAAGGGAACGCCAGCAGGGCCAAGGACAUGUACAUCAAGGAACCCUAAAUCUUUUUUUUAAGUUGCUUUGGACAGCUUCUCUUGUGAUUACUCCAUUCAUCUGUCUAUACUUCUAUACCUCAAUCAUUUCUCCUUUUGUCCUCGCUUCAUCUUCCCAGCAUUCAUUGCUUCUUCAGUUUGGUCUGGUUCACUUUUAAGCUAAAGGGCCCAAGUGUCCCUUUCCUUUCUUCCUUCCUCCCUCACUUCCUUCCCCCUCCCACCCCCUUUGUUUUGUUUUUUGCCUCACCCACCUGGCCUCCACCAUUCGCCCCUCUCUCACAACGGCCGUCCUCCCCCCUCGCUCCCGCCCCCAUUCAUCCUCACCCUCCCUCUCCUCCUCCGCCCCCUCCUCCCCCCACCACCAUCAUCAUCACCACCACCAUCCUCACCCCCAACCCCACUCCCCCCACCACCACCACCAUCACCACCACCACCACCAACUCUCCUCCUCUCUCCCUCGCUUCUCGCCCCCUCCCUUCUCCGCCUCCUCUUCUGCGGGAACUAUGGCGAUGGCUGCCACCGCCUCCUCCUCUCCCUCAUCAUCACCUUCCCCCAACGGCAGCGCCCGGGAGCACCUGCUGGCGGUGCGUCGGCGCACCCCGCACACUCGGCCAUACACGAUUGGUCCGGACAACCUGCGCAGUCUGUCGGUACAGGGCGGGAGCUCCACCUCUUCGUCCUCCUCUGCUAUGUCAUCAGGGAGUCAAUCAGAAACGGCAGGGGUGGGACUCCAGAGGGCCAACAGUGACACAGACCUGGUGACAUCAGACAGCCGCUCAUCACUCACGGCGUCUACGUACCAGUUGACUUUAGGCCACAGCCACCUGGUGAUUUCCUGGGACAUCAAGGAGGAAGUGGAUGCCACCGACUGGAUCGGCCUGUACCACAUCGAUGAGACGUGUGUGGCCAACGUGUGGGACUCCAAGAAUCGUGGCGUGAAUGGCACCCAGAGAGGACAGAUCGUGUGGAGACUAGAGCCGGAACCCAACUUCAUGGAGCCGGAGACUAAGAUCUGCUUUAAAUACUAUCAUGGUGUAAGCGGAGCAUUAAGAGCAACAACACCUUGUAUCACAGUCAAGAACCCUGGAGUACCGGUGGGCAGUGAAGGCCAAGUCGAGGACCAAUCAGGGACUGAACACUGUCGGAAACUAGUCAGCUUCACCUUAUCAGACAUGCGAGCAGUGGGUUUGAAGAAGGGCAUGUUCUUCAACCCUGACCCCUACCUGAAGAUGUCAAUCCAGCCUGGGAAAAGAAGCGGCCUCCCCAAGUUCACCCACCAUGGCCAGGAGAGACGCUCCUCCAUCAUAGCUAACACCACCAACCCUGUGUGGCAUGGGGAGAAAUACACCUUUGUGGCUCUGAUGACUGAUGUGUUGGAGAUCGAGGUGAAGGAUAAGUUUGCCAAGAGCCGACCAAUCAUCAAGAGAUUUCUAGGUCAGCUGAUCCUCCCCGUGCAGAGACUUCUAGAGGGGCCGACAUCUGACGAUCAGCCAGUCAGCUACAGCCUGUGUCGUCGUCUCCCUACGGACCAUGUGAGUGGGCAGCUUCAGUUCAGAGUGGAUAUCACCUCCACUGGACAUGAAGAAGCCUCCCCAGAUGCUGUGGGCACCAUCCUAGGCAGCUCAGUGAACGGUGACCCUGGAAGUCCCUCAGACGAUGAAGACCUCCCUCACCCAUCUUCCUCCUCACGCGUUGCAUACGGGCCUUCUCCCACAGGAUCGGACGAGGGCUCCCUUUUAGUUAACGGUGCUUGUUACUAUGGCGAUGACAGUGUGUGGCGGGAGCCUGGGCAGAUGGCAGAGGAAGAUCUGCUUGCUGUGGCUCUGGGCGGCCACACUCACCGGCAGGUGUCACUCAACGAUUACCUGGAUGCCAUUGAGGCUCCCAGGAGCCCCGGGGACCGGCCUCUUGCGGGGCCUUCGCCGAAACUCCGUUCUAGCUUUCCAACGGACACACGGCUCAAUGCCAUGCUGCACAUAGACUCAGAUGAGGAUGAGGAGACAGCAGGGCAGCACAGGGAGCAAACACAGGAGACGAGGACACAGCAGAGCAUAGACUCAGCCUCAUCGAGGAACUCGGCUACAUCGGAGUCUCAACAAAGGAACAAGGGUUCAAAAGAGGAGCCGCAGGGCCAGACUGGAGCUGGGGCUGGGACUGGGACUGGAGCUGGGACUGGGACUGGAGUUGGGGCCACAACAGAGGCAGAUUCCUCUGCCAGUGCUCAGCCUGGAACGACGCCUGCAGGGGCCAAAUCUGGAGCUGGAGCUGCUGAAAGUGCAGUCCAAACACAGGAAGGAACACCAGCUGCUGCUGCUGAGACUGAAGCUGGGCUUGGAGAAGCUGCUGGAGCAUCAGCUGAGGCUGCACACAUCACUGGAGAACCCUCCACAGCUUCCAGCUCAUCUCAGGCAUCAGGGGCUGAGGCAGCUGCGGCAGCUGGGCCCAUGGAGUCUGUGGGGGAAUGUACCUGUCAGGAGCAGAGUAGCAGAACAGGUGCAAACCAGGAAGUAUCCCUCACUCCCUCACUUGGUCCACUUUCACCCAUUCAGGAGGUGGAGACAAGAAAAGAAGUGGCUCCUAAGGCAGAGGAGGAAGGGGAGUCAUCAAGCAGUGAGGCCAACGGACCAUCAGCAGCAGCUGGUGCAUCUACGAACAGCAUCAUAGCUGACCAGGGAGGAGGGACCUCCGAAGUUGGAGCAAGUGCCAGGAGUCAGGAGGAGGAGGAUGGGGAGGUGUGGAGGAGGAGGCAGUCCAUGCAAGCUUCCGGAGGCGUGACCCAAAACCAGGAGGCAUGCUCAGCCAGAGAGAGUCAGAACGGGGCAGUGGGGGUGGAGAGAGAGACAGGUGCCACAGCUCAGGUCAAUGGCCACCAGUCCGUUCGCUCCCUGCCGUCUGUGCGCCAUGACAUCAGUCGUUACCAGAGAGUGGACGAGCCGCUACCACCUAACUGGGAGGCUCGUAUCGACAGCCACGGUCGGAUCUUUUACGUGGACCACGUGAACAGAACCACAACAUGGCAGCGUCCCACCGCUCCCCCCGCCCCACAGACCCUCCAGAGGUCCAACUCCAUACAGCAGAUGGAGCAGCUGAACCGCAGGUAUCAGAGUAUACGUAGGACGAUAACCAGUGACAGCAGACCAGAGGAGCAGCCAGCCAAUGAGCUGCCAACAGAUGAGACUGACAUGCACCCCUCCAUCCCGGAGUUCCGUCGGGACAACAGUGUAUCUCAGUCCAGCUCCAGGUCUCGUCUCACCCUCCUGCUUCAGUCCCCCAGCGCAAAGUUCCUUACCAGCCCCGACUUCUUCACUGUGCUGCAUUCCAACCCUAGUGCCUACCGUAUGUUCACCACCAACACGUGUCUGAAGCAUAUGAUCAGUAAGGUUCGUCGGGAUGCUCACCAUUUUGAGCGCUACCAGCACAACAGGGACCUGGUGGCCUUCCUCAACAUGUUCGCCAACAAACAGCUGGAGCUGCCCAGAGGCUGGGAGAUGAAGCACGACCACACCGGCAAGCCUUUCUUUGUGGACCAUAACUGCCGUGCGACGACCUUCAUCGACCCCCGGCUGCCUCUCCAGAGCACUCGGCCCCCGAGCCUCCUGGCUCACCGCCAACACCUGACUCGCCAACGCAGCCACAGUGCUGGGGAGGUCAGCCCACGGCGACUGGUGGGUGAAGACCCUCGUCAUGCCGGUCCACCCGUCCUGCCACGGCCUUCCAGCACCUUCACCUCUGCCAGCAGGGGGCAGUGCCAAGACGUUGUGCCAGUGGCUUACAACGAUAAGAUUGUGGCGUUUCUUCGACAACCAAACAUCUUUGAGAUUUUGCAGGAGAGACAGCCUGACCUCAGCAGGAACCAUUCACUCAGGGAGAAGGUGCAGCUGAUACGCACAGACGGAGGGUCAGGAUUGGCCAGGUUGUCAGGUGAUGCUGACCUUGUCAUGCUGCUAAGUCUGUUUGAAGAUGAAGUAAUGUCCUACGUGCCUCCUCACGCCUUACUUCACCCCAGCUACUGCCAGUCACCGCGGGGAUCACCUGUCUCCUCCCCACAAAACUCGCCUGGUACUCAGAGAGCAAAUGCCAGAGCUCCAGCACCCUACAAAAGAGACUUUGAGGCCAAACUGCGCAACUUCUACAGGAAACUGGAAACUAAAGGCUACGGCCAAGGACCAGGGAAGCUAAAGUUGAUCAUCCGUCGCGACCAUCUGCUGGAAGAUGCCUUCAACCAGAUCAUGUGCUAUUCCCGUAAAGACCUGCAGCGCAGCAAGCUUUACGUCAGCUUUGUUGGGGAGGAGGGGUUGGACUACAGCGGGCCUUCCAGAGAGUUCUUCUUCUUGGUUUCCAGGGAGCUCUUCAACCCUUAUUAUGGUCUGUUUGAGUACUCUGCCAACGACACCUACACCGUCCAGAUAAGCCCCAUGUCUGCCUUCGUAGACAAUCACCAUGAAUGGUUCCGGUUCAGUGGUCGCAUUCUCGGUUUGGCUCUGAUCCAUCAGUACCUACUGGAUGCCUUUUUCACCAGACCCUUCUACAAAGGCCUACUGCGCAUUCCCUGUGACCUGAGUGACCUAGAGUACCUGGAUGAGGAGUUUCACCAGUCCCUUCAGUGGAUGAAGGACAACGACAUAGAGGACAUGUUAGACCUCACCUUCACCGUCAAUGAGGAAGUCUUUGGACAGAUAACAGAAAGGGAGCUCAAACCCGGCGGAGCCAACAUCCCUGUGUCAGAGAAGAACAAAAAGGAAUACAUCGAGCGGAUGGUGAAGUGGAGGAUAGAGAGAGGAGUGGUGCAGCAGACUGACAGCCUGGUUAGAGGUUUCUACGAGGUAGUGGAUGCCAGGCUAGUGUCAGUGUUUGAUGCAAGGGAGCUGGAGCUGGUGAUCGCCGGCACAGCUGAGAUUGACUUAUCAGACUGGAGGAACAACACCGAGUACAGAGGAGGUUACCAUGACAACCAUAUUGUGAUCCGGUGGUUCUGGGCAGCAGUGGAGAGGUUCAACAAUGAACAGAGACUACGACUCCUGCAGUUUGUGACUGGGACAUCCAGUAUUCCAUACGAAGGCUUUGCUUCUCUGCGAGGCAGCAACGGACCUCGCAGGUUUUGUGUGGAGAAGUGGGGGAAGGUCACCGCGCUGCCCAGAGCUCAUACUUGUUUCAACCGGCUGGACCUGCCACCAUACCCGUCCUUCUCAAUGCUGUAUGAGAAGAUGCUGACGGCCGUGGAGGAGACCAGCACCUUUGGGCUGGAAUGAUCCUCGCCAACCCAAAUCUCAGCUGACCUCUGUCUACCCCUCAAGGACUGCUGGUAGUAGUGACGAGAGGUAGCUAUGAUGGACAAAGGUUCAAAAAACUGGAUUUAAAGUCCAAGUUAUGGUUUAUGUUUAAUUUAUACUGGGCUGAAUUUUAUAUCAGAGGCUGAUAAGACCUUUGAUCCAUGAAGCUGCACUCUGACCUUUUGAAAUGCCCCAUGUACAGAGGUAAACACUUUUUUUUUUGUCGCACCUGCACGUAUUUCACACCUACUUAGUAACACACGCUUUUACCUGUGUGAUUUGACGAAUGAAAACCCACACUGCCUUUGGGACCAGAAUCAUAACUGCCGGGAUUUGAUCAUGUGGAUACCGGAUUGUUGCUGUUUUUUUUGUUGUUGUUGUUUUUUUUGUUUUGUUUUUUUGGUUACUUUCUCUUUGAUACCAGAGGAUUAGAGUAUAAGGCUACACAUCAAAGAAAAAGCAAUCACUGCCUUCACCGCAAAAGCUGAGUGGACUCAGCGUCUUUAUUCUGGUGUUGAUGGACCUCAGAUCAUACGGCCUGUCCAGUGACACCCCCAUUGUUGUACAGCGCCUCCCUGUGGCCUGUAGAGUAACUGCACCCAUGCAGGCAUUUGUCAAAGCCUUUUGAGGACCGCUUGAUGUAACUUUUGGUAAAGUUUAUGGAAUUUUCUUCUACAGCCAGUUUUGGAGUCCAGACAGAAGCUUUGCUAUUGUUACAGUAUUUUCAUCUCAAUGAAGAACAAAAAAGUGAUUUUCUAACGAUGUGGCAGUGACAUAUUGUGAUUUGAAUGUAACUUAAUGAUGUAGAUUGUGUGGGAAGUGAUUAUGCACCAGAUCUCAAUUAAUUGGCAAAAAAUAUUUGGGCCCCCCACUCACAUUAUCAAUGUGUUAAUGGUAAGUAAUUAACAUACAGUAUGUAACCAUAUCCAUUUACUUUGAUUGUAUUUGAUUGAUUUACUUUGACCCAGGUCUGUUUUUUAAAGUUUGCUAAAAAUCAUCUACAUUCAACAGGUGGAGAUUGAAAGAAAACUGUUUAUCCAAAUGGAUAAAGUAAAUUGAAUGUCCACCCACCAGUGGCGGAUCUGGAAAUCUUCUGGCAAAGGGGUGGCAUGGGAGGGUGGUGCGUCCCCACAUAAAAAUACAAACUACUUCUGCAAGUUAAGCUAAAAGUUUAACUAUGACAAAACUAAAUUAGCAGUCACAUAGGCCUAAAGGAUAACUCAGUACAAUGAUAUAGCAUGACUAAUUAUGUAUUAGCAAACCCUCCAUCAGUUAACCGUUAGUUAGCUCAAGUGCAAAUGAAAAAAUAAGAAUACAUUUACAGCAGAAUAGACGUAGUUUCAUCUAUCUUUUGAUUGUGAUUCUUAGGUAUUCAAUAUUUGAGUUAUGUACUCAAAUUAUGACUAGGAUAACUCAUAAGUUCUUACAAUUAAAUUUGUAGUCGUCCUUUUUCGCAAAUCUUGUAACAGCAGUGGAUACAGGAGUCAAGCUAUCGCUAUCACAAAAACAGAACAGAAUAGAGGUUUUCCCAAGGCUCCAUCAUUAGUGUACCAUGUGUAUCAUGUCCUGGACACUGGAGAGAUUCCUUCAAUUUUUGCGAUACUUUUUUUUGUUUGUUUUUUUGUGGCAACUCUGCAUGAGGGUUUUAGGUCACCAAACUAACGUGAUUUUUUUUCUUUUGCCAAUACCAUGGCAACAUACGAUAAAGCAUUAGGCUAAUGCCUGUGCUGAUUUAGCCAAAGUUAGAAGUUGAACUGCUCGCUACAAGUAUCGAGAUUUAAUAUCAGCACAUGCAGAAUUCAGGUAUAUGUGUAUGUAUAACAAGCAUACUUUUCUGGUCACCAGAAAUAAGAGGAAAAAACAAGAAGAGGAGGAAAAAUGACACCAGUGGGUGUAGGGGGGCAUCAAUAGGCUUCUUUGCUCGGGGUCCCCCCAGAGUCUAGGGUCAACACCGGUAACAAUCUGCUCAUCAUGUCCCACAAGAAUCAUGUAAUUUAGGCAGUUGUGUGGAGCCUGCAGCUACAGGUUGGCAUGGAAGGGCAUUAAGUUAAAACUGGAAACACGGUCUAGUGUAGGCUACAUCCUGCAUCAUGAGGCAGUGGAAAUGCAUGAGUGUGGGCAGAGUGGGUGCAGGAUGACUACUAUCAUUAGGAAACACUAGUUCCUUAAACACCUUAAGUACAAAACAUAUCUAGGUGUUGGUAUCUUUAUACUUGUGUAUUUAUGAAAAUCAUCUUUUAAAAUCAUUUUAAUAUCAUAAUUUUUCCUUCAGCAAAGUGACAGUUGUUGACGAGCACUCUCAAAGGGUCAGGGUUUUUCUGUCGUCGGUACAUUUCCAAGUGUCAGUGAAUCAAAAUAACUCAAGAUGAGUCAUCUCAUAGGGUAGAACCACUGCUGUGCAAGAGGCUGUAUUUUAUUUAAAUCUUAGCUACACACCCCUGUAAUCAAAAGUUCUGCAAAAAAAAAUACACUUAACUAAAAAGUCAUCAGAAUAUUUUGGAUUAUAAUUAUGGAUUAAAGUGUGUGUACAUCACUUUACAGUAGGUGAGGCUAAUUUUAAAUGCUAAUUCUAACUACUCCGGGUACUAUUGGAGUGGCAACCCAAUUGUCACAAUGAAUGUUGGCAUUGCAUGUUUCUGCAACUCACGGUUACGUAACUUUUUACAUUAUUAUGUAAUGAAUACACUUUGAGUGGUUAGGUUUAGGCACACAAAAACACUUAAUUGAGUUUGGACAGCUCAGGGACAUCGAGGUGACUGAAUAUUACAUGAUUUUCUAAUUAUGAACAAUCUCCAUCGUCAGGGUGGUAGCUGCUCCCCCCAUGCCGCCCUCUAGAUCCGCCCAUGCCACAACCACCUCGAUCAGAACUGAAAAAUGUCCCCUAGCUGCUACAGCUGGUGUCAAAAACACAAUUUUGAUUUUAAGAUGCCAUUAAAGUCCAGUUUAUUAUGCACUCAUAGAAAACAGAUCUUGAUAAAGUCCUGGACCUACUGUUUUCUUUGUUUACACUUUUAAAGAAUGUGCUCUUAUCCAGAAUAUGAAGUUAUGAAUAUGAAGUUAACUCUUGGCUACAUUUUCAUGUGUGAAUUUAGUUCAAUUCAAAUGGGAUCAAAUAAUUGUCAUGAUGAAAAUAAUAAUAUAAUUUCCCUCACUUAAUGCACUGCCCUGUGUCCAUCUCAUCAGAAUGUACCAAAGUUUUGAGCCUUACCGGGCUGCUUCACAUCUAACCCCAACCCAGCCGACCACUCUUCUGUACAGUCCACCUCACUUUUGAAUAUGAAUGUUUGUCAGCACUUCUCUCCUGAAAUAAAAUUUCGUCACUCUAUGCAAGCUCUUUCAUCUUCUUCUUUCUGUGUCACUUUGACUGUAAUUGAACAGUGCAGGAU